AGUUUUAAAUUAAAUUUUUAUUAAAUUAGAGUUUUUUUUGUCCUUAAUAAAGUGUUAAUUCAUAAUCAACAAUUGCAAGAGAUUGUAAUUUUAGUUUGUACACAGCAACAAUGGCAGCAGAAAACACCCAAACAUUGAGUUUGCCAAAUGGCGAUCUUGUGAAAAAACCAUUUCUUAUUGGAGUCGCUGGCGGCACAGCCAGUGGCAAAUCAACGGUAUGCAAGAAAAUUAUGACUGAGUUGGGCCAGACCGAUAUGGAACACGAUCAACGUCAAGUCGUGACCGUUAGCCAGGAUAGUUUCUAUCGCGAGUUGACUGCCGCCGAAAAGGCCAAAGCUUUUCAGGGGCUUUACAAUUUCGAUCAUCCGGAUGCUUUUAAUGAGCAGCUAAUGUUUGAAACGUUGCAAUCCAUAUUGAAGGGCAUGAAAGUGGAAAUUCCAGCCUAUGACUAUAGGACGAAUUCAUUAGAUUACGAAAAUAAAUUGACUAUUUAUCCAGCAGACGUUGUGUUAUUUGAAGGCAUAUUAGUCUUCUAUUUCCCCAAGAUAAGGGACUUGUUUCAUAUGAAAUUAUUUGUGGAUACUGAUUCGGAUACUCGUUUGGCCAGAAGAGUACCCCGUGAUAUUAAUGAAAGAGGCCGUGAUUUAGAUGCUGUAUUAACCCAGUAUAUGACAUUUGUUAAGCCAGCUUUUGAAGAGUUUUGUUCACCGACUAAAAAAUUCGCUGAUGUUAUUAUACCCCGGGGAGCUGAUAAUACAGUUGCAAUUGAUCUCAUUGUACAUCAUAUCGGUGAAAUCCUUAGACCAGGUAGCAGUGCUAAUAUCUCGGGUGCCACUGUGGCCAACAAUACUACUACAGCUAAUAGUGCACACUCUACUACCACUACCGUUUAUAAAUCAACUACUACUACCAACACAACUCCUUCUAAAACCAAUAUUAUAAGGGAACAUUAAUUUUAUAAGUGGGUCAAUCCGAUAAGGCCUACGUAUAAUUUUUGCUAUAAGCUUAAAAUUAAAACUUUAACUUUGUUUAGCCAGAAAUUCAUGAUGCAGUUUUCAUAGAACCUUUCAUCUUUACAUAAUCAUUUUGUUGUUUUGUACUGAUCGAUGUUUUUUUGCUUAAAAUUUAGCCCCUAAAGUUUUGAUUCUCUUAAUAUAAAUUUUUAUACCACAUUCCUUGAUUUAGUUUUGUUUUCCAAUGAAAAUAUGUUUUACUGCAUCCUGGAUUUUGUGUGUUUUUUACAAAAACCGUAUUUAGUUUCAGUAAUUAAUAUUAACUUGCAUUUUUCUCUUUUAUUAUCGUUCACAAAUUUUUCUUAACUAACGUAUUUGUUGGUGUAGUUCUUAAGUUUUAUUUAACAAACAAAUAUUAAAAAAAAAAACAAAAAGCCAAAUAAAUUUUAAUUAAAAUGAUCACAGUUUAAAGUAGUAAAAACAAUAUUAAUAGAAAUUAAGCAAUUAAAAACACUUUUAGUAAAUAA